ACAGGGUACCACUCUCAGGAUGACGAAUAUGCAGCAAUGGUGAGGAAGCAUUAAAACCUGACGCUACAUUCAACGGCAGCUCACAUCACCUAUUGAUGUUGCUGUCAGCUUUUCUAGAAGAUUCAGGACCAUGAGAUAAAGAUGCCUGGAGAAAACCUGAUCACCCCAGAGAAUGACACUGACAUUGAACUGGAUUUUGCAGAUGUAGAAGAAUUUCAAAAGAAUCAUGAGAAGAAAAGAAAAAAAAGUAGUAGAAGAAAUGAUGGUGAAACAACGAAGAGGGAAAAGGGGAGGAGAAAACGAUCAUCUAAAUCUACACAACGAAUAAGAGAGGAAUCACAAUCCAGGACUGAUGGGGGAGAGACGGGUAGAAGACGGCGAGGGAAAGCGGAACAUGAAGUGAAACAAGAUGAAGGGAAUGAAGGGAAAUGGGAGCAAACCAGAGCCAAGACUGCAAAAUCCAAGAAGAAUAUUAAAAAUGAGGAGAAAAAGCUGGAGGUUGAGAUGAACGGAGAAGCUCAGGGAAGAAGUGAAAAGGGCAAAAAGAAACUUGAAUGUGCCAAAAAUGAGGGGGAAAAACGAAACGGGGAUAAACAUAAAGAAAUAGACAAAGCAUGUAAAAAGAAGAAAAAGCACAAGGAAAUAGUUGAAAUAAGCUCAGAACCCGAGACAAGUGAGGAAGAUGAGGAGGAGGAAGAAGAAGCCAUUAAUGAUGGAGAGUUGAGGCCUGAGUUACUGUCACCAGAAGAGCUGGAGAAGCUGAAGGAGGCAGUAGACGAGAAGAAGAAGCUGAUUCAAAGUCUGAGGGGGAAGCCUUGGUCAAUGAAAAAGAAACUUAUCACUUUACGAGAUUCGCAGCAGUUUGUGGAGAAAUAUGAAGGAGCUUUGGGGAAAGGAAAAGGCAGGAAGCUCUACGCGUACAAGGUCAUGAUGACGAAGAAGUGGAUGAAAUUUCAACGAGACUUUGAGAACUUUAAAACAGCUUGCAUUCCAUGGGAGAUGAAAAUAAAGGAGAUUGAAAGUAAGUUUGAUUUAGAAUGGAGUAUUUUUAUUAUUUUUUUUAUUAACCAGAGCUUUUAUCGUUAUAUCUAUUCAUUUUACAGAACGUGUUUUUUUUUUUUUUGCUUUUUUAAACAGGCAUUGGUGGGGAAACCCUAUGGCAGCAUCCCGAGAAAGACUGUCCCCAGAGCUGAGGAAGCCAGUGCCAUGGACUUUGCUGUCCUUUGGGACUUUGGGGGUUACGCUCAGUAUUCAGUCCUUUUCUAUGGAUACUAUAACAACCAGCGUGCUAUUGGGUGGUUCAAGUUUCGCAUGCCGCUGUCGUACUUCUUAGUUGGUGUAGGUACAGUGGCCUACAGCUAUAUGGUUGUCAUAAGGACGAUGGCGCGUAACGCAAACGAGUCAGGGAUCGGAGAUGAUAAUAGCUUCAACUUCAGCUGGAAGAUGUUCACCAGCUGGGAUUAUCUGAUAGGAAACCCAGAGACAGCAGACAACAAGUUUGCCUCCAUCACCACCAGUUUUAAGGAAGCAAUCCUGGAGGAGCAAGAGAGCAGAAAGGAUGACACCAUCCAUCUGACUCGUUUCCUCCGAGUGCUGGCCAAUUUCCUUGUGUUGUGCUGCUUAGCAGGAAGCGGAUACCUCAUUUACUUUGUGGUGCGGCGCUCUCAGAAGUUUGCCCUGGAAGGACUGGAGAAUCACACCUGGUGGGAAAGAAAUGAGGUUAAUGGUGUUAGAAAAUCUCUGCUUCAGCUGGUGGUGGUCUCUUUUAACCUGCCCGACCUUAAAUACGGACAAUCUCACUUCUUUGCCAAACAAAGAUGGCUUUUACCUGGUCUUCCUAAAGGAAACAUAUGGCACAUGUGUAAUAAAAGAGUUAUUAUUAUUAUUAUUAUUAUAUUUAUGACAUUUAUUUUCUUUAUCCAGCAGGAGUUCGUUCGACUCAUUAUAUCUGACACGAUGACUACAUAUAUUACGUUGCUGAUUGGAGACUUUCUGAGAGCUGUGCUUGUCCGUUUUCUUAACCACUGCUGGUGUUGGGACCUGGAAGCUGGAUUUCCUUCAUACUCUGAGUUUGAUGUCAGUGGAAAUGUCCUGGGCCUCAUCUUCAACCAAGGAAUGAUAUGGAUGGGAGCUUUCUAUGCCCCUUGCCUACCUGCUCUAAACCUGCUGAGGCUCCAUGUGUCCAUGUACCUGCAGUGCUGGGCUGUGAUGUGCUGCAACGUUCCACAGGAGAGGGUCUUCAAAGCCUCAGGCUCCAACAACUUCUACAUGGCCAUGUUGUUGGUCAUCCUCUUCCUGUCGACUCUGCCAGCCAUUUACACAAUUGUAACCAUCCCUCCUUCUUUUGACUGCGGACCCUUCAGUGGCAAGAACAGGAUGUUUGAUGUGAUCCAGGAGACGUUGGAGUCUGACUUCCCAGCCUGGUUUAGUAAAGUGUUCAGCUAUGCCUCUAACCCUGGACUGGUGCUACCCUUUAUAUUGCUCAUGAUAUUGGCCAUUUAUUACCUACAGUCUACGUCCAAAAGCUACAAAGAAGCAAACGUAGAACUGAAGAAAAAGCUACAGAUGCAAAAUGAAGAAAACAAGAAAAAGAACAAACAAGCUGCACUGAAGGCUCAAAUGGAUCUGGAGGAGGCCAAAAAAUCAGCAUCUGAGGCUAUGGAGCCGCAAAGGAACAACAAUGCUUCAGUUCAAAGACAAGAGGCAAACGAUGAAGAAAACCACAACAGAAGUCGGAAGAUGCAUCAUGGAUGCAACCCUUCUGCUCGUGCUGACGACAGAGAACCACACCUCCCAGUUAGAGGACCUGGUCCCAGGACUUAUCAUAAUGGCAACCAUGGAAACCCAAGAUAUCUCCCUGGUUACCAUCAGCAAAAUGAGCCCAGUAGGAUGUACAGGGUACCCAGUAUGCAGAGACACUAAGAAAACAAAGAUACAACCUGUCGCCAUGAAAGCACUUUUAAAGCAGUUGGUGUUACAAUCUGUCUUAGAAUUAGUUUACAUUUUAAACUGCAAACACUAAAGAAUACUAAGUUUUUUAAAUCACCAUGACUUGACCUAAAUGGAUUUUUUUAAAUUAAAGGGUUUAUUUUAAAUAAUAUUACAUUGUGUAUCUAAAUCCA